AUCGAUGGAGGGGCAGCGAUGCUUGUGUGUCGUUGUGUUCCUCGUCCACAGCGCAAUAGGAGCUGGUGAAGGUCCACCAACAACCGAGCGGCCAGAACUGAACGAGCUCACAGUAUCCUUUCCACCACUAGAGGACAUCUAUACAAGCACUUUAGAAAAACACUUCGCGACAGAGAACAACACGGUGGUGACGUCACAGACUGGGUCCACCGCGCUACUGCCCUGUGUCAUACGGAAUAUUGGUGAUGGAAUUGUGUCCUGGAUACGUAGGAAGGAUUAUCACCUGCUUACAGUGGGGUUGACCACGUACAGUUCGGACCAAAGGUUUCAAGCUAUACAUUUGCAACAUUCUGAGGAUUGGACCUUAAAGGUCCGAUUCGUGCAGACGAGAGACGCGGGUAUCUACGAGUGUCAAGUAUCGUCACAUCCACCAACUAGUAUAUUUCUACAUUUAGAUGUAGUGGAGGCACGAGCACAAAUAUCGGGACCCACAGAGAAGUACCUCAAGCCGGGAUCGACCCUAAGGCUGCAGUGCUCUGUGGUUCAAACCACUGAGGCGCCGGCGUUUGUGUUUUGGUACCACAACAGCCGAAUGAUAAACUACGACGUAGAGCGCGGUAUAAACGUAACGACGGACGCGGAGCAGCGCGUGUCCGACUUGCUCAUACCGGCCGCGAGCGCGGCGCACGCGGGCAACUACACGUGCGUGCCCAACAACGCAGUGCCCGCUAGCAUCUAUGUGCAUAUAUUUAAUGGUGAAAACCCAGCGGCCAUGCAGUCGUCAUCGCCCAGUUACAUCCACAACAUUCACAGCCUGUACACAAUACUAGUUCUAAACAUACUACGGUGACAAUUAGAUUAAGCACACUAAUUUGUAAUCUAUUCCCUAGUUAUAAAGUCCAUUUUCGCGAGACAAACAUCGAUUGCUCCGCUCCCUUUGUCACCGACGAUUCGUAACUCGCAUGUUAAUUUGAAAUGUGCUUGCGUUUUAAAAUGUUAAAACGGACUUAACUUUUCACUGCAAUUCAGGCGUUCGUUUAGAAAUAAAUACCGCAGCCAUUAACACAUUUCGCUUUUAUUUAUGUCGCAUGUAGGACGAAGUUUAUGACUGUUUCAUACAAAUUAUGCGUUUGCUCGUUUGUUGCGGAUUUGUUAAAUGACGGUGUGUACACGCUUUUUAUUUAAAAUGACUACGAUAAAGGGAAAUUAUUAAAAUGAAAAAGUUUAAUAACAAAUGAUUUGUUAC